CAUGUGUGUGUGUGUGUGUGUGUGUGUGUGUGUGUGUGUGUGUGUGUGUGUGUGUGUGUGUGUGUGCAUGUGAGUGUGUGCAUGUGUGUGUGUGCGUGCGUGUGCAUGUGUGUGUGUGUGUGUGUGUGUGUGUGUGUGUGUGUGUGUGUGUGUGUGUGUGUGUGUGUGUGUGUGUGUGUGUGUGUGUGUGUGUGUGUGUGUGUGUGUGUGUGUGUGUGUGUACAGUUCAACAUGACACCACUGCACCUCUGUGCAGUGUAUGGAAAUGAUCGACUAGCAAAUAUUCUCAUCGGACGUGGAGCUGAUGUCAAUGUGCAGGAGAGCUUGUUACGACGGACUCCACUUCACUGGGCAGUCUUCAAAAACAACAUCAACGUUGUCAAGGUGAUGCUGUCACAUGACAGUGACGGUGUCACCUUGGAUACCACACUGCGUGACUGGGAAGGGAAAACAGCGUUGGACCUAGCCAGGCAAUACAAUAAUGAGGGAUGUGUGCAGUUGCUGGUGGAUCACGAGAGUGCGAAGGACGCCAAGCAGCUGCAGGCAGGAGAUACUGCUGUUCUGCCAAGUAUCAGUGAACUCGAAGCAGCAGAGCAGGAGGCAGCCCGGUUGGGCGGUUCGACCGUCGUGCAUUUCCUGCACGUGGCAAUACUUGGUGCGGCACGCGUUGGAAAGACCAGCUUGCUGAAGGCCUUGCUUGAGAAGAUGCACAAUGAGAAUGAACUCAGCACGCCCGGAAUGCGCACGUCCUACACAACUACAAACAUCUCUGAUGACUGUCGAUUCAUCGAAUGCCCAGACAUGCCAGAUGCUCUGAGUCGACUCUACGUCAUCACCAUGAUGUGCAAACCAUCCACUUCGAAUCAUUCCCAAGACAAAGAGACAACACAAGAUGACAGAGAGAGAGCCACUGCAGGAGAGGAUCCUGUGGCUGGGACCCAUGCAGGACCUAUGGAGGACAGCAGUAGCAGCAGCAGCAGCAGCAGCAGCAGCAGCGACAAACCAGCAAUGCGCGAGGACAUCCACAAGACCAUCACAGGAUUUCUCAACGCAGACCGGGUAAAGUACAUCUCUGACCGGGCCAACACGCCCGACUAUACUGUCAUCACAUUCCGCGACCUUGGAGGGCAGCAAGUCUACCAAUCCGUGCAGCCCCUCUUCAUGGCCAAAAACACAACCUUCAUUGCCACAUACAACUCUUCUCUGGACCUUCUAGAGACCCUUCCCAAGCUUGACGAAUUUCAGGUCAGCCGGGAAGAAUGUAUCGAGCGGGCCACUCUACCGGCCAACGCGACUCGCCUAGACCAGCUGCUCGGCUGGCUCGACAUGCUGCUGCUGAAUACAAAAGCUGACAGCAGCACAGACCAGAGUGCUGCAGAUAAUGUGUUUGUAGUGGGGUGUCAGAGUGACAGGUGGAACAAAACCGAUUUGCCUGAUCCUUGUAAGUUACUUCAAGAGAAGAUAAAAGGUACCCCGUACCAGAACCUUGUCUGGAACGACACUUCGCACUUCAAAAUCGACAACACCAGAUCCACUGGAAGUGCAGCGCAAGCAGAUGAGCUACAGCGAUUGAGAGAGGCCAUCGUCGACCGCUGCCAGAAGAGCCAACGUAACAUCCCUGUUCCAUGGCUCCGAUUCUGCAUAUCCAUACACACGCUCAAGCAGGAGGUCUCGUGGCCUUGGAUUUCCUUCAAGGAGGCAAAGUUCAUAGCAAAGCAAGUCAAGGCUGUUCCACAUGACUACAGUGACCGGCAAGUACAGCAGCUGCUGAAGUACUGCCACGAAGCAGGCCACCUGGCGUACUUCCCAACUUUCAAGCUGAAAGACACGGUCAUCCUGGAGCCCCAGUUCAUCCUGGACUGUGUCAAUGCCUUUGUCUACAUGAAGCCUGACCGAGACAUCACAGUGAACGAAGCGCGGCGCUAUCGUUCUGGGUUCAUGACGGAGUCCCUGGCACGCAAAGCUCUUAACAAGAUGUUCGAGGGUCAGUCUUACUGCGACCAUGCAAAGGCGUGGCAAGCAGUCAGAGCAAGCAGUGAUGGGUUCAAGCUCAUUUUUGAAAUCUUAGAAUGGCUCUCAGUCCUGGUAAUUGUGCAGGAUGAGAGGUCUGCUGAGCACGAGUUUAUUGUACCUGCAGUCGUCCAGGACAUGGGCACGGACCCGCAGACGCCUUGUUCCUGUGUCUUCGUGUCCUUGAAGCACGCAAACUGCGAUGAGUUGAUGCGCUUUCCCGUGUUCCUGUAUUGGCAAUGCGUGGUGGAGGUGCUGCUUAAGUCACACAUGCGCUCGUCUGCCACACUGUCACGGUGCAGCGUUCGCCUUCGCUGGAACAGCGAUUGGCCGUGGCUGCACCUGCACUAUACACGCUACGGCUUACAAGUGUACCUCGAAUGCAAGGGCCGACAUGGCGGCAGCGGAAAGUCUACGCUGGAUGAAGUCCGGGCAAUCGUGCUCACAGUGGUACGGAAGUGGGGCCUGCAGGCCGAAGUGAUCAGCACAUUGCCAUGCCCCUGCGGAGAAACAUCGGGCGAGGAGUGUUUACAGCAUGGCUUAUCUACGUGCCGCGCGCCAAGCUGUGCGCACGCCUUGAAAGCUUUCACCCUAGUGGCUAAAGACUACCCACUGUGUACACGUUCAAAUGAUAUACAGAUGAUCCGUGAGCAGGCCAUGUUCUGGCUGGGCCUUGACCAGGAUGCAUGUGGAAAGCUGUUUGACCCGAGAUCAGCCUCUCUUCCUUCAGAAAAUCCCUCUUCUGGCAAUCCUCAUUUACCAGCAUCAGAAGGAACACUCUGCCCAGUAGCAUCACAGCCAGAAGCCACCUCAGCAGUGACAGGCUCAGUAGUAGCAUCACAGCCAGUAGCCACCUCAGCAGCGACAGGCUCAGUAGCAGCAUCACAGCCAGUAGCCACCUCAGCAGUGACAGGCUCAGUAGUAGCAUCACAGCCAGUAGCCACCUCAGCAGUGGCAGGCUCAGUAGCAGCAUCACAGCCAGUAGCCACCCCAGCAGCGGAAGGCUCAGUAGCAGCAUCACAGCCAGUAGCCACCCCAGCAGCGGAAGGCUCAGUAGCAGCAUCACUAACAGCAUCACCGGCUGUGGCAUUACUAGUAGCAUCACUGUUAGCAGCAGCAGCAGCAGCUUCAUUAGCAUCAGGAGCAUCUCCAAUAGCAGCAGGACUGUUAGCAGCAGCAGCAGCAGCAGUCCUUGCUGCAGUAGCACUUUCAGCAGCAGCAGCACCAGUAGCAGCACCAGCAGCAGCAGCAGCCUCACCAGUAGCACUUUCACCAGUAUCUUCAGCAGCAGCACCUCCAGUAGCACCUUCAGCAGCAGCACCUCUAGUAGCACCUUCAGCAGCAGCAUCACCAGUAGCAUCACCUUCAGUAGCAGCACCUCCAGUAGCAUCUGCAGCUGCAGCAGCAAUGACUACAGCAGAAGCCUGUGCCAGUGUGGGCAGUAGAAGCGGUGGUCACGGUGCUCGUGGAAGCGGUCAUCACAGCGCUGGUGGAAGCGGUGUUCACGACGCUGAAUUCAUGUCACUUGGUGCCAUUGGUGGAAAGACACUUGAUCAGAUUGCCGACUGGCAUGCGUUUGUUAGCUCGAUUGAACCAUUCAUCGGUGGAAAGGAGGAAGGCGACGAGAGAGCAAACUGCGGUAAGGCGGCUGUGCAGCUAGUGGCUCCAGAAUACACAAACUACUACCGCAACGUGCUAAAGUCGUUUCACGAAAUGAAUAAAGGUAACAUCGGAGGCCCAGGCAAAGGAGAAAACAACCUCUUCUGUAUCUUGCUGUAUCUGAUGAAACGUCCGAGCACAACCGUCCAAGAGCUGUUUAACCUGCUGGCUGAUAAUGCCAAGCAUAGUCGGCGCCGUCUUUUCACGGCAAUCAAGAAUGCCGAGUACUUGAAACAAUAAGCAGGAGAUGAGGCCUUGUCCAGAGAUGGCAGGGGGGGGGGGGGCAAGCGUCUGCUCUCCGACCCCCAGCCGCUCAGUGCCUCGGCCGGAUCGGAUUAGCAGCCUGGCCGCCCUCCGGGCAGCGUAGUGGAGCCUGAUGUCUUUUGACCGGAGCGUUUGUCCUAGGCAUCAUGGGCGCUGUGUGUUUUCAUUGCCAGUUGGCAUGUGUUGCUGUGAUCAGCUCGUGUCAUUUUCCUUCAUCAUGAAUUUACACAUAGCAGUGAUGUUUCUAAUGUCUUGAAGUACACUAGAAACUCACAUGCUAUUUUACUUUGAAUUGCAGUUAGUAAAUUUUGAAAAUAAUAAACUAUCAAUUUUCAAUCCAUGUCAGACAAUCAGGGAAGUUUUUGAAGCUCCUCUCAUUCCCGCCAUUAAUGUAAUAAGAAUAUUAAAAUUUCAAGACACGCUUGCGUGAGCCUUUACUGAAACUUGACUAACGAUAUUGAGAUCACCAUGUCUCUGUGCGUUGAGCCAAUCCACAUUGAUUUCAUAGAAGCCUAACCUAUCUAUAUCUUUGCAGACUUGAUUUUUGUAUCCAAAUUCAAGACUGAAGAUCUCACCAGAACUUAGUAGUAGAAAGCGGUGAAUGCGUUGAAAUAGGCUGGGAAUUUCUCGGUUCUAUGCUAGUAAAUACAAAUGACAUUGCCUUACUCUUUUUGCUGUCAUCGGCUCACUGCUGAUGAGAUAUAACAAGGUGGAAACAGCUGGCUGUCUGAGAUUUGAGUAUUUUUUUGUUGUUUUUUUUUUGUUGAACACCUCCCUUUGGUGUCCCAGCAGCUGAGACUGCUGUUAUCACCACCAUGUCUUCACCCAUCCACCUCCAAUUCUAAUUGCAACGAUUUACUAUUUUAAAAACA